ACAGGCCAGCCAGCCAGCGAUCAAAGGCAUAGCAUAGGCAUCAACUACCGUACGGUUCCGAUGAUAAACGUUGACUGCUGGAAUCAAUACAGAUUUUUAUUCCGGUGCUGGGUUGUGGGCAAUCAAGGUCUCCCUCUGGUCAAGUCUUUGAACGAGCUCCCAACUUUCCAUCGAUCCAUCCAUCUGUCCAUCCUCCACCAAUGUCUAUGAAGAUGCUGUGCUAUAGAUAAAUCACGAAUCUGCAAGAACCAAUUCAUCGUCACCGUCCGUCUUUUUCUUCUUCGUCUUUGCCGGCGACUAUGGCAUUCUCCUCAUACGUCGGCGGCAACAGUCGCCGUGGAGGAGGCUGGGCCCACUCCCUCCUGCCCACCGCAUCGGGCUCUCCGGGACUCUCCAAAUCCAGGGCUCACCACCACCGCAAGGCGUCCCGGAAGCGCGCCAGCGCCCUAAGAGAUUUCAUCUUCACUAACUUCUUCACCAUCGGUCUCUCCGUCUCCCUCUUCUUCUUCCUCCUCGUCGUUUUCCGCUACGGCGUUCCGAAACCCUUGUCUUCCCAUUUCCGACACGGCCACCGCCAUCCCAGGUUUCGCAAGCCGAUUUACCGCAGAUCGUCCUCAUUGGCUGACCGCGACGUCGUUUCCUCGGCCGUCGUGGAUAUUACGACCAAAGAUUUGUACGAUAAGAUUGAGUUUCUGGACGUGGAUGGUGGGCCGUGGAAGCAAGGGUGGAGGGUUAAUUACCAAGGGAACGAGUGGGAUUCUGAGAAAUUGAAGGUUUUUGUGGUGCCUCAUUCGCAUAAUGACCCGGGCUGGAAGCUGACUGUCGAGGAGUACUAUGACCGACAGUCUCGCCAUAUUCUCGAUACCAUCGUCGAGACGCUAUCGAAGGAUGUGCGCCGUAAAUUUAUAUGGGAAGAGAUGUCUUACUUGGAGAGAUGGUGGAGAGAUGCCUCAGAAGCUAAAAGAGAAUCUUUCAUCAAUUUGGUGCAGAGUGGGCAGUUGGAAAUUGUUGGAGGUGGUUGGGUGAUGAACGAUGAGGCUAAUUCACAUUAUUUUGCUAUUAUUGAACAGAUGAUGGAAGGGAAUAUGUGGUUGAAUGACACCAUUGGGGUUGUUCCAAAAAAUUCCUGGGCAAUAGAUCCAUUUGGUUAUUCAUCUACAAUGGCAUAUCUUCUGCGUCGCAUGGGCUUUGAGAACAUGCUUAUACAGAGGACCCAUUAUGAGCUGAAAAAGGAACUGGCUUUGCAUAAGAAUUUGGAAUAUGUCUGGCGCCAAAGUUGGGAUGCAAAAGAAACAACUGACAUUUUUGUCCACAUGAUGCCAUUUUAUUCCUAUGAUGUUCCACAUACUUGUGGGCCAGAGCCUGCAGUUUGUUGCCAGUUUGACUUUGCACGAAUGCGAGGCUUUGUUUAUGAACUCUGCCCUUGGGGAUUGCAUCCGGUAGAGACAAACCAGGAGAAUGUGAAGGAGAGAGCACUUACACUGCUAGAUCAGUAUAGGAAGAAGUCAACACUAUAUCGAACAAACACGCUUCUGGUUCCCCUAGGAGAUGAUUUUCGUUACAUCAGCAUUAACGAAGCGGAAGCACAGUUCAGGAACUAUCAAAUGUUGUUCGAUUAUAUCAAUUCUGAUCCCAGCUUGAAUGCCGAGGCAAAGUUUGGAACCUUGGAAGAUUAUUUUCGAACACUUAGGGAGGAGUCUGAGAGAGUAAAUUAUUCACGUCCUAAUGAGGUUGGCUCUGGUCAGAUUGGAGGUUUUCCUUCUCUAUCUGGUGACUUCUUUACGUAUGCUGAUAGGCAACAGGACUAUUGGAGCGGAUACUAUGUAUCUAGACCAUUCUUCAAGGCUGUUGAUCGUGUACUGGAGCACACUCUUCGCGCUGCAGAAAUUAUGAUGGCUUUCUUAUUGGGAUACUGCCAUAAAGCAUCAUGCGAAAAGUUACCCACUGGUUUCUCCUACAAGUUGACAGCUGCAAGGAGAAACUUGGCUCUUUUUCAGCAUCAUGAUGGUGUAACUGGUACUGCUAAGGACCAUGUGGUUCGGGACUAUGGGACUCGGAUGCAUACCUCUUUACAUGAUUUGCAAAUAUUCAUGUCUAAAGCCAUUGAAGUGCUCCUUGGAAUCCGGCAUGAGAAAUCUGAGCAGCACGUGGCUCAGUUCGAGCCAGCGCAAGUGAGAUCUCAAUAUGAUGCCCAACCAGUGCAUAAAGCAAUCAAUGUACACGAAGGAACUGCACAAUCAGUUGUCUUAUUUAAUCCUCUGGAGCAAACGAGAGAUGAAAUCGUGAUGGUUAUUGUUAACAGGCCAGAUGUGACUGUUCUGGAUUCAAACUGGACAUGUGUCAAAAGCCAAGUAUCUCCCGAACUGCAGCAUGAUAAAAACAAGAUUUUCAGUGGGAGGCACCGAGUCCAUUGGAAGGCCUCUGUUCCACCUCUAGGGUUGCAAGUAUAUUAUAUUGCCAAUGGGUUUGUUGGAUGUGAGAAGGCUAAGCCGGCGAAAGUCAGGAUUUUCACAAAGGAAAAACAGUUGCCUUGCCUCAAUCCGUACGCAUGCGCAAAACUAGAAGGUGAGACUGCAGUGAUCCGCAACCGGCAUCAAACUCUCACAUUCAAUGUCAAUCUUGGCUUGUUGCAGAGGGUAAGUGGUGAAGAUGGUUCUAAGAUGGUGGUUGUUGGUGAAGAAUUAGGCAUGUAUUCUAGUUCAGAAAGCGGAGCUUAUUUAUUCAAACCCAAUGGUGAUGCUGAGCCGAUUGUCCAAGCCGGUGGGCUGUUGGUGGUAUCUGAGGGUCCUUUGAUGCAGGAAAUUUACUCUUACCCCAAGACCCGAUGGGACAAAAGUCCAAUAUCUCACGCGACUCGCAUUUAUAAUGGUGACAACACCAUACAAGAGUUUCUUAUCGAGAAGGAAUACCAUGUUGAGCUUCUUGGCAAUGACUUUGACAACAGAGAACUAAUAGUUCGAUACAAGACAGACAUUGACAACAAGAGGACCUUCUAUUCUGAUUUGAAUGGAUUUCAGAUGAGCCGCAGAGAGACCUAUGAUAAGAUUCCUGUGCAAGGGAAUUACUACCCAAUGCCCUCUCUGGCGUAUAUGCGAGCGCCAAAUGGUCACCGCUUUUCUGUUCAUAGCAGGCAGUCGUUGGGCGUGGCAAGCCUUAAAAAUGGAUGGCUAGAGAUCAUGCUUGAUCGUCGGUUGGUGAGAGACGAUGGGCGUGGUCUUGGACAAGGAGUGAUGGAUAACCGACCGAUGAAUGUAGUUUUCCACAUUCUACCAGAAUCCAAUAUUUCCUCCACUUCGGAUCCUGCUUCAGACCCCAACCCUUUAAGUCCCUCUCUGCUUUCUCAUCGGGUUGGUUCCCACCUGAACUAUCCGAUACACGCAUUUAUUGCCAAGAAGCCACGGGAAAUAUCUGUGCAGCCGCCUCCCAUGUCCUUCUCUCCCUUGUUUUCUUCCUUGCCAUGUGAUCUGCAUAUUGUGGGUUUUAAGGUUCCUCGUCCCGCCAAGUAUACUCAGCAACCCAUUGAGACUUCCAGGUUUGCUCUAAUUCUACAGAGGUGGCAUUGGGAUUCCUCGUACUGUCGAAAAGGAAGGGCUCAGUGCACGGUGGUGGCCAACGAGUCUAUUAAUUUGUACGACAUGUUCAAGGGGCUCGCGGUCUUGAGUGCGAGAGCUACCUCUUUGAAUCUUCUGCAUGAAGAUACAGAGAUGCUUGGAUACACUGAGCAAGAUGUUGCCCAAGAAGGACAUGUACUGAUAUCUCCCAUGGAAAUCCAGGCUUACAAAUUGGAAAUACGUUCAAAUGACUAACUUUUUCAUGUACUGAUCCUGUUGUAGCUUCCUCAGCCUGUGCCAGGUUUGUGGCAGUGAAGAUGGCCCAACUGCGAAUUUGAGAAUUAUGGUAGAACGUACGAACGAGCCAUCUUUGUUCUGCUACUUGUUGAAAUAUAUUGGACCAAGGUUAAGCCUUAGAGACCUAUCAGCUUGCCCAGGUGUCUUGUUGUAGCAUUUUUUUUUUUUUUUUUAUUUCAGAUUUCAUAGGAGGCCUGGAGCGCUGGUAUGUAUGUUCCUUUCCAGAGGAUCUGCUAAUGAUAAUACUUGUACUAUUAUCAUUAGAAAUUUUUUGUCACGACACUUGGCAUUUUGUAAGCAUUAACAGAUGUUUUUAGAAGCAA